CUAUCAAUAACUCGAGUUUUAAAAAACAUUCUAAUACAAAUUAUAUUUCAUUCCCUUAACGGUAUUUUUUUAAGUUGCUUGUGGACCUUUUUAGGUAUAUUAAAACUGGAGAGUAGUAGUUACUAGUUAGAACAUAUGACAAUCAUGAUUACUUAGAGUAUUAAUUAAUUAGGAUAUGUAUAGUGUAUAGCCGUAUAGGUAAAUCGGGUUAAAUCACAGAGUAAGAUUUACUUGGACAAUUUUGAUCGAGCUUUUCACUUUAACGGUUGACCGCAUUAGUAGUAGUAUGUAGUGGUUUUUGAAGGACUCAUAAGAAUCAACCUCCUCGCAACAUGGGCCGAAUGGUUCAAUUGAAAAUCCAUAUAUCAAUAAUAAUAAGUGGUAGUUGUGUUUAUGGAUGAUGAUAAAGAUGUCAAAAGUUGACAACAUUUGUUUGUAGGUUGAGCAUUUAUAGAAAACAUAAGGUGAUCAACAAUCCAUAUUCAUAGGUUAACUCCAAAUAGCAAUUACUUGUAGUUAACAUCAAGUCACCAUAACAAAAUCUUAUAAUCAUUAUGUAGGCAACAAAAUCUUUUGAUUUUAAAAAUCGGUUCUAUGAUCCCAAUUUUAUCGGAUAUUCAAUUUUACUCUUUCCUAUAUAUACAGAAAUAAAAAUUUGAGAAAAGAAAAAUAGGAAUAUUAGUUAAGGAUCUUAUUAUAACAAAUAAGCGUAAGAAAAGGAGAGUCAAAUGGCUAAGUAAGCAACAAAAAUGGAAACAGUAACAACCAUGGAUAAUUACAAAAUUUCACCUAUUUGAGAUACAAAUAUUAUUACAAUCAUAUCACAAAGCCUAUAAAUUCACACCACAAAUAGGCUUGAUUCACAUCCAAAGAGAGCCACAACACAAAAUCUUAAAGAAAAUUAAGAAUCAAUUACUAAAAGGAUGGGGCAGCCAGUUUCCUUUCUCGUCGCUAUAACUACUGUUGCUGUCAUAUUGUCUACCGCCAGAGCAAGCAUUGGUGGAUGGGAGCCGAUAAAGAACUUAAAGGAUAAGCACGUCGAAAAGAUCGCUGAGUAUGCAGUGCAGACUAACAAUAUGAUAUCUGUUGGGGAAGUAUAAACAGGCCCAAGCCCAUGAGGAGGGAAUAGUAAAACGGGUCCAAAAAGAAAUAGUUUAGGUUUGGAAAGGCCCAAACAAUGGGUUAGGCUUCUCAAGGUAGGGCAGGCGCAUGACGACAAAAGAGGCAUGAGGACAAGGGGUACGGAAGGGCGAGCAGGGAAACGAGCCACAUGGCGGCUGUGGUCCCUGCUGGGCGCCCCCCUCGGGGCGUUCUGAAGCGGCCACGUAUAGGCGCUUGACUGCUGUACCGUACCAUGCAUUAAAUGAAGAGCUGACGUGGGCUGAAGUGCCAAGAAGACCGUUGGGACCUCGACCAGUAUAAAUAGUACCCGGUAGGUAGCAUUUACGCAGGUUGGCUUCUCUCACUAAGAUCCUGAGCUUACUUCUCUCUCUAAAAAGCAGGCUCUGACUUAAAAUUCGGAGUGCUAACGGGCCAUUCAAGCCCUCUAGGCGUUUAUCUGUGCAGGAUCUGAGCGCCUGGCGGCGAUCACUGUCAAAAGGAGAGAGAACUGGGUGCGGAGUGUUGUGGCUUAAACAAUUGGCGCGCCAGGAAGGGGGAGAAGCGAUUAGGCGCAUGGAAAGUUUUGAUGAGGAGAAUGGAGGAGGGGAUGCUGCCCGAUCAGAGGGUUCCAAUUUGGGGGAUGGUGAGCGCCAGUCGAGUCCGGAGACACCUAUGGAUGUAGAAGGGGAAGCUAGCCAUGAGCGCCUGUCACCGCGAGAAGAUGAGUCGUUGACAAAAAGAGAGUUGUUCCGAAUCAUUGCUGAUCAGGAUAGGGCCAUUGCGGCUCUUAGGAGGGAAAUAGAAGGGGGAAGGAGCGAAGACAUGAUGACAUAUAGUCCGGGUAUCAGAAAGAGGGAGAGGGCGAACGAAGAUUCUGAGUCAAUGCAGUAUGGGAUUCCGCAGCAUGCCGACUUAGGCGCCGGAUAUCAGGGGCGCCCACGCACUUGGAGGCAGCAAGCUGAACCACAAACAAAUGGCGUUGAGGAGCCUAAUAUGUGGGCGCCUAGGCGUAUGGAAAAACGCUUCGGUGUUCGACAACCUCUCGCACGAAACAUCCUGAUGGAGCCAGCUGGAACAACGAUACCACCAUUACCAAGUUACGACGGGGUGGCUGACCCGGAGGACCACUUGAAUAGCUACUUCACCAAAAUGCAGUUGUACAAUAGCUCCGAUGCAACGUUGUGCAAGGUAUUCCCGUCCACGUUCGCGGGAGUUGUUUUGGACUGGUAUCAUCAAAUUGAUGAAGGGCGUAUCGAAUGCUUCGAACAAUUCGCUGAGUUAUUCUUGUCUAAGUUCGCUAGCCGGAAGCGCCAGACUCUAACCAUAGGCGCCUUAUUCAAAGUAAGACAGAGAGAGGGGGAGGCGCUACGGGAAUUCUAUGAUCGAUGGAUUUCAGUCGCCAUGGCGGUCAAGGAUGUGCAACCAGCGGUGCUGGGAGUAUGUUUAGACGCCUGCACGACCAGUGAAGAGUUGUGUCGAGCUCUCUCGAAGCGAGAUGUGGUGUCUACGGAGGACCUGGAUCGAAGGGUGCAGAAAGUAAUUAUGUUGGAAGAAACGUUGGCAGCGCGCAGAGCUGAAAAGAGGCGCAUGAGAGGUGAAGAGAUAGAAGGCAGGCAGGCGCCAAGGCCAGCGGUAGGAAGUGUCAUGCCUCAGAGGAGACCGGAUGUGCAACGCCAGGCGUCAAGGUCAUCGGGAAAUUUCACGGAAUACAACGAUACGCUGAAGAAUGUCUUGCAAUAUGUCAAGGACAGAGGGUAUCACAUACGAUGGCCGGGACCAAUGCGUGGACAACCAAACGAGAAAAAUCUUGAUCGGUACUGCGAUUUCCAUCGAGACAAGGGGCACUACACGGCUGAUUGCUAUCAGCUGAAGGCCGAACUCCAAACGUUAGCGGAUAAGGGAAUGCUCAAUGAUUUCAUCAGACGGGGGGAGGACAGGACCCAUCGCGCUUACACGAUGAGAGUGGCAGAACGAGCGCCUAUCAGGCGCAUCGAAGCGGAAGUAUCCGGGCCGCCCAUGGCGCCAAAGACGCAAGAGGCACCAAAAGAAGCAGUAGUGAAUGAGGCGCCCGAGAUACCCCCACCACCCUUUGAGGUGAAUCAAAAUGGUGACCCCAGCCGUGUGAGGCUCACGGUGGAAUCGAUUACCGGAACCCUUGAUUUGAGGGAUAAGAUGGAGAGGACAAGGCGCCUAAGAGCGGCAUCAAUCGAAGCAAAGGCAGCGGUGCAAAUACACUUCAACCAGGAGCCCGAGGAGGCAUGUAAAGUUCCAUCGGAGGAGGCAUUGGAGAUACAAGGCGUGAUAGCGGGAUGCAAGGUGAAGAGAAUGUUAGUCGAUACGGGAAGUUCAAUGGAUGUCCUGUUCAAGAGCACGUUUGAGCGCAUGCAGCUGGCGCCAGAGUUGGUAAGGCCUUCAAGCUCGGUGCUGAUAGGGUUUUCAGGGGCGCCUGCCCAAGUCAUCGGGCGUGUGCGACUUCCAGUGACUCUGGGAGAUGAAGUACAUUGUGUGACUCACUCGAUAGAGUUCGGAAUUGUGGAUUGUCCCUCCCCGUACAAUGUGAUACUAGGGCGCCCCCUAUUAGCACAGUUUAAUGGGGUGGCUUCUACGUGCCACCAGUCAUUGAAAUUCAUGGCACCACAGGGUAUAGGCAUCUCACGAGGAAGGAGCGCCCCACGUUAUGCACGAGAGGUGGAGCGAGGCGUCCGACGACACAGGCUGAAUGUCAUUGAUAUCCAACCUGAGGAGGCGCCCAGAGCUGAAUCUGUGGACGGGGAAUUGGUGGUGGCAAUUGAUGAAGGGCGUCCAGAACGACAAGUGAGAAUAUCGGAACAGGCGCCAGAGGACAUGAGGGCUCCACUAAUCGAGUUGUUGCGGGAAUUCGGAGAGUUGUUUGCUUGGAGUGCGCAGGACAUGCCCGGCGUGUCGCCGGAGAUUGCGAUGCAUAGGCUGGCUGUGGAGGAGGGUAAGAGGCCCGUUCAACAAAAGCGGCGGAACUUGACUCAGGAAAAGGAAGAAGCGCUCCGUCGGGAGGUGGAUAAGUUGCUCGAGGCGGGAUUCGUGGAGGAAGCAAGAUACAUUACUUGGCUCUCGAACGUAGUAUUCGUCCCAAAGCAAUCGGGAGAUUGGAGAAUGUGUGCGGAUUUUACGAACCUUAACCGUGCGUGCCCCACAGAUGCUUAUCCUAUGCCACGUAUUGACCUCCUGGUGGAUGCGACGGCUUAUCAUGAGGCACUUAGCUUCCUCGACAUGUUCUCAGGCUACCAUCAAAUCCCCAUGGCAGAAGAGGACAGGGCGAAGACAGCUUUCAUGACACCUUUUGGUAACUUUUGCUACAAAGUGAUGGCGUUCGGUCUAAAGAACGCGGGGGCAACCUACCAACGAAUGGUCAACCAAGUCUUCCGAAAGCAACUAGGAAGAAACGUGGAGGCAUAUGUGAACGAUCUAAUUGUGAAAAGCAAGAGGCGCCUGGACCACCUUGGGGACCUACGGGAAACUUUUGAGACCAUGCGCUUCUUCAAGCUGAGGCUCAAUCCUAAGAAGUGUGUGCUUUUGGCAGAAGCGGGAAAGUUUCUAGGAUUCAUGAUAACCAAGAGAGGAAUUGAAGCAAAUCCCAAACAGGUUGAGGCGAUAUUGAGUCUGGCGCCCCCGCGAACUCCGAAGGAAGUGCAAGGAUUGACGGGCAGGCUGGCUGCGCUUGGGCGCUUCAUCCCCCGAGCCUCCGACCGGGGCACCCCCUUUUUUAAAGUGUUGAAAAAGGCCUCCAAAUUCAAGUGGACCGAGGAGUGUAGCCAGGCAUUUGACGACUUGAAGAAAGUGCUCACGGCCCCUACAGUGAUGACGGCGCCCAAAUCCAAGGAAGUGUUAUAUUUGUAUAUAGCAGUAUCCCACAUUGCUGUGAGUGCGGUUCUCAUAUCCAGGGACCCAUGUUCGAAUGAAGAGAGACCAGUGUAUUAUGUAAGUCGUACCAUGGUAGGCCAUGAAACACGAUAUGCGCCUAUAGAGAAGGCUGCGCUGGCAGUAGUGAUGGCGGCAAACAAGCUCAGACCAUAUUUCCAAGCUCACAGCAUUGUGGUUCUCACAAACCUUCCUCUCCGAACCAUCCUUGGAUCCAUGGAUGUGUCGGGGCGCCUGGUGAAGUGGGCGGUACAAUUGAGUGAAUUUGAUAUCAGCUAUGCGCCUCGCCCCGCCAUCAAGGCGCAAGUGUUAGCUGAUUUCAUUGCAGAGGGCGUCUCAGAUGGAGGAAUAGCAGCCGAAGAAUGUUGGCAGGUUCAUGUAGAUGGUGCAGCAAGUCGAGUAGGAGCGGGGGCGGGAAUUGUACUUAUGAGUCCCUUAGGCGCCUUACAUGAAAUAGCCUUGCGCUUUGCGGCACUCAAAACAAACAACGCGGCAGAAUAUGAGGCUGUUUUGGCAGGGCUCCACAUGGCCAGGGAGUUGGGCGCUCAGAAGGUGAAUAUCAAAUCUGACUCAGCGCUAGUUGUCAACCAACUAAAUGGAGUCUAUGAGGUUAAGGAGGAGUCACUGGGCGCCUAUGUGGACUCGGUACGCAAGAAAUGCGCCUGGUUUCGUGAAGUCACGUUCACGCAUGUCCCAAGGGAAGAGAAUGCGCAUGCGGAUGCCCUGUCCAAACAGGCGACGGCACUGGAUUUUGAGAAAAAUCGAACGGUGAUUGUAACGAAGGAGGUGCCCCACGAAGAUGUGAUAAUGGCAUCCAUAUCAUCAGGGAUUGAAGAAGGCUGGAUGGCACCAAUUUGGUUCUUUCUCACACAAGGGGUGGUUCCCGAGGACUCGAAAGAGGCUUGGCGCUUACGAAGGAAAGCAGCUAGGUGUACCAUAGUGGAUGGGACGUUGUACAAGAGAUCACACUCAGGCGCCUACCUGCGGUGUCUUACUGAGGCUGAGGGGUUACAGGCGAUCAAGGAGGUUCACCAAGGAACUUGUGGUAUGCAUGCAGGCGCUCGAAGCCUUGAAAAGAUUGUGCUCCGCCAAGGAUAUUACUGGCCCACGAUACGGGCAGACGCUCGGAGAGAUGUGGCCGCAUGUCACCAAUGCCAAAUUCACGCUAACGACAUACAUCUCCCAGCGGCACCCAUGCAAGGGAAUGUGGGCGCCUGGCCUUUUGCCCAGUGGGGUAUGGAUCUCUUGGGACCGUUACCAAAGGCGCCUGGACAAUUCAAAUAUUUAAUUGUCGCGGUGGAUUACUUCACCAAAUGGAUUGAAGCAGAGCCAUUGGCGACAAUCACGGAAGCGCAGAUGCGGAAGUUUACCAAGAAGAACAUCUUUGCGCGGUUUGGACUCCCAGAAUCCAUUGUCACUGACCACGGGAAGCAAUUCGAUUGCAAGAAGUUCGUAGAAUUCUGCGAUGAAAAUGGAGUGAUUUUGCGGUUCUCGUCUGUGGCCUACCCCCAAGCCAAUGGGCAAGCUGAAGCGGCUAACAAAAGCAUAUUACACGGGUUGCACACACGGUUGGCGGAGGCAAAGGGCAAGUGGGUUGAGGAGCUGCCGAGUGUCUUAUGGGCGCACAGGACUACCUUCAAGGUGGCAUCGGGAGAAACACCUUUUGCAUUGACUUAUGGCAGCGAGGCCGUUUUGCCAGUGGAAAUGAGGGUGCCUACCUUCAGAAUGACCCACCGCAAUGAAUCAAUGGAUGUUCAGGAGCGCAUUGAUGAGCUGGACCUGUUGGAUGAGCGCCGAGAGGUGGCAGCCUUGCGUUUGGAAGCGAUGAAAGGGCAGGUAGCAAGGUAUUACAACAAAAAGAUGCGGGCACACGGCAUUGUGAAAGGAAGCCUGGUGUUAAAGCGUGAUUUUCGUCCCAAGGCCACCGAGGGAAAAUUGGCCCCAAAGUGGAAAGGUCCAUAUCGCGUUCAGGAGGUUGUUGGCCCAAGUACAUUCAAAUUGCAAACCUUGUCGGGCAAGAACGUGAAGCGAACAUGGAAUGCCCAGAACCUGAGAAAAUAUGAGGCCGGGGAGUUAAGCAUGAUGGAUGCUGAGGGUGAGGAAGAAGUGGGUACAAUGACUGAUGUAUCAGAGUAGGCGCCUCAAAAGGAGGUAGUCAGUGGCUAAUCUCCAGUGGUUAGUAGGUUUUUCUUUAUCUGUCUCCAAAAGCGCCCUAACGCGCCGUAGAAUCAAAGCGCCCUUCCUUAUUGCGCCCGUUAUUUUGUAAAACGCCCUCUUUUGCGCCCAUACUUGUGAGAAAUAGGAUUAAUUAAUACGAAAUAGAGCUUUGAGAAAAGAUGCAACAAAGGCGCCCAAGUUAAUGCGCCCCUCCCUAUUUAAAGCGCCCACCUUUACGCCCCUCCCUCCUUAUAGCGCCCUCCUCGUAUAAAGCGCCCACCUUUGCGCCAAUAUCGUACCAGGAGCCCAUUGUAUGACAGAGGCGAGUAAAGUUGCAUACGAAAA